UCCUUUGGAAGCAGUGUGUCAGUAUAAAUCAAGUUAUAUAGAUCGAACUCAAGGAGGAGGAAGAGAAAGAACUCAGUAUUGAAUUGGUUUUCUACAUACUGUCAAAAAGAAAAAAAUUGGUGCUCGCCAUGGCAAGCUUCGCGUAUAAUGGAAAUGGAAGCAUCAAGGUUAGACCAGCCGUAGCGGGACACAGCCACGGCGGCCUGGCGGCGUCACGCGCCCUGCUGGGGGCCCGAGCCGCGCCUCUUCUUCUUCGCCGCCGCAUGAUCGGCGGCGGCGGAUCAGCUUCGCUGCGCCGGCAUCGGCAUGAGCUCUGCCCGUUUGCUUUCCAGCCAUGCCGCAGUCUCGCGGGGAUGGAUCAGGAGGAGGUGGUCGACAUGGAGGCCGGAACGGUGCUGUGUGCGGCCAACUACGCGCCGCUGACGCCGAUAAGCUUCAUCGAGCGCGCCGCGGUGGUCUACGGCGGCCGCGCCGCCGUGGUCUACGGGGAGACGCGGCAGCAGACGUGGAAGGAGACCCGGGAGCGGUGCGUCCGCGUGGCCGCCGCACUGGCCACCAGGCUCGCCGUCGCCCGCGGUGACGUGGUCGCUGUUCUGAGCCGGAACGUGCCGGCGAUGUACGAGCUGCACUUCGCGGUGCCCAUGGCCGGCGCGGUGCUCUGCACGCUCAACACGCGGCACGACGCCGCCAUGGUGUCCACCUUGCUGGAGCACUCCGGCGCCAAGGUGUUCUUCGUGGAGUCGAGCCUUCUUGACGUCGGUCGAGCCGCCCUGAAGCGCCUAGCCGACUCGAAAACAGGCGCCGGGAGCCUUCCGGUACUCGUACCCAUCUCAGACGAUGGUGCCAGCUCUGGGGACGACGACGACGGCUCCAGCUGCACCGCGGACUACGAGGGUCUCAUCGAGAACGCGCCUUCGGGGUUCGACAUCCGAUGGCCCCUGAACGAGCUUGACCCGAUCGCGCUCAACUACACGUCUGGCACGACGUCACGGCCCAAGGGCGUGGUCUACAGUCACCGGGGCGCGUACCUCAACACCGUCGCGACUGUCCUCGCGUACGACAUCACCGCCAUGGCGACGUAUCUAUGGACUGUGCCGAUGUUCCACGGCAAUGGUUGGAACCUGCCGUGGGGCGUUGCCAUGCAGGGUGGCACCAACAUCUGCCUACGCCGCUUCACUGCGAAGGUUAUCUUCGACAACAUCGUGCUGCAUAGGGUGUCACACAUGGGCGGCGCGCCGACGGUGCUCAACAUGAUCAUUAACGCGCCGACAGCGGACCGGAAGCCACUGCCCGGACCGGUGCGUGUUAUGACGGCCGGCGCUCCACCACCGCAGCGUGUCAUCAUGGGGAUGGAGGAGCUUGGCUUCAUGGUGUACCAAAUGUAUGGUCUCACGGAGACGUAUGGCCCGGCCACCGUCUGCACUUGGAUGCCAGAGUGGGAUGCCUUGCCAGCCGAGGAGCGUGCGCGACUAAAGGCGAGGCAAGGUUUCCACCACAUCGCCAUGCAAGACGUCGAUGUUAAGAAGCUGGACACCAUGGAGAGUGUGCCAAGUGAUGGCAAGACGAUGGGUGAGGUGAUGUUCCGUGGCAACACCGUCAUGAGAGGAUACUACAAGGACAUUGAUGCGACCAAGGAAUCAAUGAUCGGCGGGUGGCUCCACACAGGUGAUCUUGCCGUGCGGAACCCGGACGGUUACAUUCAGCUCAAGGACAGGGCCAAAGACAUCAUCAUAUCGGGCGGCGAGAACAUAAGCUCAAUUGAGGUAGAGUCAGUCAUCUUCAGACACCCCGCUGUGCUUGAGGCAGCGGUCGUGUCGAGGCCGGAUGACCACUGGGGGGAGACGCCAUGCGCCUUCGUCAAAUUGAAAACUGGCACCAAUUCCACAGAAGCAGAGAUCAUUGACUUUUGCAGGGAGAGGCUACCUCAUUACAUGGCACCAAAGACGGUGGUGUUUGAGGAUUUGCCGAAGACUUCUACAGGAAAAACACAAAAGUUUGUUCUCCGUGAGAGAGCCAGGGUUAUGGGCAGCCUUACAAGGACCGACGGUUGCAAAAUAUAAGAUUUUUUUUCCUGAAUGGAACAUUUGGGUGCACCGGUACUGUAUGAUUGUCCAACGGAUUUGCUAAUAAAUAUUCAAUGGUUUCUCAGUUUGCGAACAAUGUAAUUCUUAAAACCAAUUAUUCACUCUCCUCGUGCUAUUUCCCUUUA